AAGGGAUCGACAUCCUAGUUCCUCUAGAAUUUCCGGAAAACCGACUGUAAUAAAAAUUCAGGCUAUGCUUGGGUGCGAUGAAUACCGAAGCCUGAUUCUGGAACCUUCCACUGAUCAAGCUUGCAGACAUCUGCCUUCUCGUCGUCAUUUCUCUCUUUCUCUCUCUCUCUCUCUGGAUUCAAAGUCCUUCCCGAGGAAGCAAUGCAAAAGCCCUGAUCUAACCACGCCGCACCAUAGCCAAAUCCACCAGAAAGCUCGAUCGUUACAGCAGCCAAAGUGAAGAAGAGAAAGAGGACCAAUCAGCAAGAAGAAGAAGAAGAAGAAGGAAAGAAGAUGGGGGUGGAUUACUACAAGAUUCUGCAGGUCGAUAGGUACGCAAAAGACGAGGACUUGAAGAAAGCGUACAGAAAGCUUGCCAUGAAAUGGCACCCCGAUAAGAACCCGAACAAUAAGAAAGAUGCCGAGGCCAAGUUCAAACAGAUCUCUGAAGCGUAUGAGGUUCUCAGUGAUCCACAGAAAAGGGCAGUGUAUGAUCAGUAUGGAGAAGAGGGGCUGAAGGGGCAGGUGCCGCCGCCGGGCUCUGCCGGCCCCGGCGGAGCCUCCUUCUUCUCGACGGGAGAAGGGCCGACAUCGUUCAGGUUCAACCCGAGAAACGCCGAUGACAUAUUCGCAGAGUUUUUCGGGUCGUCGAGCCCAUUCGGAGGAAUGGGCGGUGGGAGGAGGGGAGGGUCAAGGUAUGGGAACCUAUUUGGGGAUGAUUUGUUUGCUUCUUUUGGCGAAGGAGGUGGCGCCGGCGGGUCUGUCCACCAAUCAGUCCCUAGGAAAGCUCCUCCGAUUGAGCAGACUCUGCGAUGUUCACUUGAAGAACUCUAUUAUGGCUCUACCAAGAAGAUGAAGAUCUCCAGACAAGUUACUGAUAUGAGUGGCAAAACAAUGCCGGUAGAGGAGAUCUUAACGAUUAACAUCAAGCCUGGUUGGAAGAAAGGCACCAAAAUCACCUUCCGGGAGAAAGGGAACGAGCAACCGAAUGUCAUACCAUCAGACCUCGUCUUCAUCAUCGAUGAGAAACCUCACAGCGUGUUCACUCGAGAUGGGAACGACUUGGUCCUGACGCAAACAAUAUCCUUGGCAGAAGCCUUGACAGGCUGCACCGUUCAUCUGACUACCUUAGAUGGCAGGAACUUAACCAUCCCGAUAAACAGCGUGAUUCAUCCGAACUAUGAGGAGGUUGUCCCGAGUGAGGGGAUGCCCAUUUCUAAAGAUCCGAUGAAGAGAGGAAACCUGAGAAUCAAAUUCAACAUCAAGUUUCCAACAAAGCUGACAGUGGAUCAGAAGGCCGGAAUCAAGAAACUGUUGGCUUCUUAAGUUCAAAUUCCAGCAACCCGUUGUUGCAGUUGAAGGAAGCUGUUUUCUGUGAAUACACAAACACACACAUACACAGCAUUAGCAUCGUUCUUCAGAUACAGGAUUUUUUUUUUUAAUAAUUUCGAUGUAGGUACAGUUUUUAGUUAUGCAUGUGAUAAUAGAUGCUGUUGUGGGUGUCGUUUUGUCCCACAACAAAUGUUGUAUUAAUUGUUAUAGAGUGAGAUUACUAAAUAUUGUCAACGAGGGGAUGGAUUUAUUCAAAGGGAUGCUUUCGUUUGGUGCUCUAUGCCUGGGGAGUUGGAAUCUCUCAAGUGUAUGUAUGCCUUUCCUUGUGUAACGCACCGUAUUACUUGGGUACAACCACCAAGUAUUAACUUACUAAAUAAUAUCAGAGCACUUUUAGGUA